AUGUCUCAAUAUUCAAACUCGCCGAUGACCAUUACCUCUUCCGGGUCUAAAAAGGUUAACCCAGAUAUCCCGUCGCCUAUCACCAAGGGAUACCUCGGAGAGGUUGGACGUGUCAUCUUUGAUGAUGCAAGCCGCAACGUUGCCAAGGAAGACAUCGCCCUUUACUACAAGCAUAAGGCGGAGCUCGAGAAGCAGGGUCUACAGAGAGAGGCUGAAUGGGAUGGAACCCCAAUUGACUACGCAAUGUACUAUUAUCACCGCUUCUUCCACGAUGAAGGCUGCAUCUGUCCUCACGAGUUUGGUCCGGUAUUCAGUGGUCCUGGUAAAUGGGUUGGAGGUGCAUACAACUGCUACAAUCCUAAAGAGUUUGUACCUGCUCUCCCCGUCGCUAGCGGAAGUCCUCCAAACUCUUAUCUGGCCAAUGGACAUGCCGGCGAGUCUUCGGCCAAGGCAUCCAAAAGCCUACUAGACAUUGAGCGACAGCGAUGGGACAAGAUCCAAGCUUACUGGCGUCAUGAGUCCAUCGAAUCGCCGUUUGUGCCUGCAACAUUCGACGAGUAUCUCAAGUUCAAGAAUGACACCGUGAAAGCUAAGCAGCUUGCGAUCAUCAAGAUGAUGGAAGACCCCAGCAACUCCAUCAGCCAUAAACAUAGCCAAGCCUGUGCUCCCCGUGUUCGAAUGUCUCCGAAGUUGCUUGAGAUUCACAACACGGAUAACCUUAGCCUGGUCAGCUCGCGCGUUUCCGUCUGGCAUGAGAAUCGCAACCUGUUCGUGCCUAUCGACUGGCCACUUCGAUGGGAAUAUGAGUAUUAUCAGGGACAGAUGCCUUUGCCUCGUACUCAGGAGGUUGACUACCAAUUCGAGGACAUGGUCGACCGAUACAAGCUCUUCCCUGCCUUCGGCCCUCUGGUCCCUCGCCAGUUUCGCAGAAUUGCUCACCGGGCGCUUGAGCCUACCCUCGAUGGCAUGACUAGACCAGAGUAUUGGGACAUAGUCUGGGAGGGAGACAUGAAAAUCCCGGAAUUCGAGACGGAGGAGCUUACUGGCUUCACACAGCAGCUCCUUCAAGAUAUCGAUGAGGAACAACCCGUGAUCUAA